AUGUUUGACAGUUACUUUGCUGUGCCAUACUCUUCGCCCAAAUUGGAUAUGGUUGCAAUCCCUGAUUUUCCUGGCGCCAUGGAGAAUUAUGGUUUAGAUACAUACCAAGAAACAGCUUUGCUCUUUGAUGAACAGAAUUCUGCAGCUGCAAACAAGCAAUGGGUUGCAACUGCCAUGGCACGUGAAUUGGCACACCAGUGGUUUGGCAAUCUUGAAACGAUGGAAUGGUGGACACAUUUAUGGCUGAACGAGGGAUUUGCAACAUGGGUGAGCUAUUUAGCUACUGAUAGCAUAUUCCCAGAGUGGAAAAUGUGGACUAAGUUUCUUGAUGAAAUUACUGGGGGUCUUAAGCUCGAUGGGCUUGAAGGAUCUCACCCCAUUGAGGUGGAGAUCAAUCAUGCUACUGAGGUUGAUGAAAUAAGGGAGCUUCUGUUAUCCGGAUGCUACAGAACUAUAUUGAUGCUGAAUGCUUCCAGGUUGGCUUCUGGGCAUGCAGGACUUUUAGAGGAUAGAGAUCUUGAGGAGGUUGUUGGAUUGUGA